AUGGGCCCAAGGGCUCUGCUGGUCCUGCUGGUGGCCACAGCUUGGCAUGCUCAAGGGGUCCCAGUGAUACAGCCCAGCGGCCCUGAGCUGGUCGUGGAGCCAGGCACAACAGUGACCCUGCGAUGUGUGGGCAACGGCAGCGUGGAAUGGGACGGCCCCAUCUCCCCGCACUGGAACCUGGACCUCGAUCCCCCCAGCAGCAUCCUGACCACGAAUAAUGCCACCUUCCAAAACACGGGGACCUAUCACUGCACUGAGCCUGGAAACCCCCAGGGGGGCAAUGCCACCAUCCACCUCUAUGUCAAAGACCCUGCUCGGCCUUGGAAGGUGCUGGCCCAGGAAGUGACGGUGUUGGAAGGUCAGGAUGCGUUGCUGCCCUGCCUGCUUACUGACCCAGCGUUGGAGGCAGGCGUCUCGCUGGUGCGGGUGCGUGGCCGGCCCGUCUUGCGCCAAACCAACUAUUCCUUCUCGCCCUGGCAUGGCUUCACCAUCCACAAGGCCAAGUUCAUUGAGAAUCACGUCUACCAAUGCAGUGCGCGAGUAGACGGCAGGACGGUGACAUCGAUGGGCAUCUGGCUUAAAGUGCAGAAAGACAUCUCCGGGCCUGCGACGUUGACGCUGGAGCCUGCAGAGCUGGUGCGGAUUCAAGGAGAGGCUGCCCAGAUCGUGUGCUCAGCCAGCAACAUUGAUGUUAACUUUGACGUCUCCCUCCGUCAUGGAGACACCAAGCUCACAAUCUCUCAACAAUCCGACUUCCAUGAUAACCGUUACCAAAAAGUCCUGACCCUCAACCUCGAUCACGUGAGCUUCCAAGAUGCUGGCAACUACUCCUGCACGGCCACCAACGCCUGGGGCAACCACUCCGCCUCCAUGGUCUUCCGGGUGGUAGAGAGUGCCUACUUGAACUUGACCUCUGAGCAGAGUCUCCUCCAGGAGGUGACUGUGGGUGAGAAGGUUGAUCUCCAAGUCAAGGUGGAGGCCUACCCAGGCCUAGAAAGUUUUAACUGGACCUAUCUGGGACCCUUCUCUGACUACCAGGACAAGCUCGAUUUUGUCACCAUCAAGGACACAUACAGGUACACCUCGACCCUCUCCCUGCCUCGCCUGAAGCGCUCGGAGGCCGGUCGCUACUCCUUCUUGGCCCGAAACGCUGGAGGCCAGAAUGCCCUGACCUUUGAGCUCACCCUGCGAUACCCCCCGGAGGUAAGGGUCACGAUGACGCUCAUCAAUGGCUCGGACACACUGCUCUGUGAAGCCUCCGGGUACCCCCAGCCCAGUGUCACGUGGCUGCAGUGCAGGAGCCACACCGAUAGGUGUGAUGAGUCUGCAGGGCUGGUCCUAGAGGACUCACACUCUGAGGUCCUGAGCCAAGUGCCCUUCCACGAGGUGAUCGUCCAUAGCCUGCUGGCCAUCGGGACCUUGGAACACAACAGGACAUAUGAGUGUAGAGCCUUCAACAGCGUGGGGAACAGCUCCCAGACCUUCUGGCCCAUCUCUAUAGUUUCCCCACCUGUACCAUGUAUCCCCUGCCUGGCUGGGGGUGGGGAACGGAGAGCAGCUCUGGGGAGGGGGCUGACUCAGGCCCAGCUGCAUGGGCCAGAAGAAGGAGAAGUGAAGCCCAAGUACCAGGUGCGCUGGAAGAUCAUCGAGAGCUACGAGGGCAACAGCUACACCUUCAUUGACCCCACCCAGCUGCCCUACAAUGAGAAGUGGGAGUUCCCCCGAAACAACCUGCAGUUUGGUAAGACUCUUGGAGCCGGUGCCUUCGGGAAGGUGGUAGAGGCCACAGCCUUUGGUCUGGGCAAGGAAGAUGCCGUCCUGAAGGUGGCUGUGAAGAUGCUGAAGUCCACUGCUCAUGCAGAUGAGAAGGAGGCCCUCAUGUCAGAACUGAAGAUCAUGAGUCACCUGGGCCAACACGAGAACAUAGUCAACCUUCUGGGAGCCUGUACCCACGGAGGCCCUGUUCUGGUCAUCACUGAGUACUGUUGCUACGGCGACCUGCUCAACUUCCUGCGAAGGCAGGCUGAGGCCAUGCUGGGCCCCAGCCUGAGUGUGGGCCAGGACCCCGAGGCAGGCGCUGGCUACAAGAACAUCCACCUGGAGAAGAAAUAUGUUCGCAGAGACAGCGGUUUCUCCAGUCAGGGUGUAGACACCUAUGUGGAGAUGAGGCCUGUCUCCACUUCUUCUUCAAGCGACUCCUUCUCUGAAGAAGACCUGGGCAAGGAGGACGGGAGGCCACUGGCGCUACGGGACCUGCUCCGCUUCUCGAGCCAGGUGGCCCAGGGGAUGGCCUUCCUUGCCUCUAAGAACUGCAUCCACCGGGACGUGGCAGCCCGAAACGUCCUGCUGACCAGUGGGCGUGUGGCCAAGAUUGGGGACUUCGGGCUGGCUAGGGACAUCAUGAAUGACUCCAACUACAUCGUCAAGGGCAAUGCCCGCCUGCCUGUGAAGUGGAUGGCUCCAGAGAGCAUCUUCGACUGUGUCUACACGGUUCAGAGCGACGUCUGGUCCUAUGGCAUCUUGCUCUGGGAAAUCUUCUCACUCGGGCUGAACCCCUACCCUGGCAUCCUGGUGAACAGCAAGUUCUACAAACUGGUGAAGGAUGGAUACCAAAUGGCCCAGCCUGCAUUCGCCCCGAAGAACAUAUAUAGCAUCAUGCAGGCCUGCUGGGCCCUGGAGCCCACCCGCAGACCCACGUUCCAGCAGAUCUGCUCCCUCCUCCAGAAGCAGGCCCAAGAGGACAGGAGAGUGCCGAACUACACCAACUUGCCAAGCAGCAGCAGCAGCAGCAGCAGCAGCAGCAGCAGCAGCAGCUGCCGCACUGGCAGUGGCGGUGGCAGCAGUAGUGAGCCCGAGGAGGAGAGCUCUAGCGAGCACCUGGCCUGCUGUGAGCAGGGGGAUAUCGCCCAGCCCCUGCUGCAGCCCAACAACUACCAGUUCUGCUGAGGGGACAACAGGGAAGCGCCGCUUUCCCCUUCCUCCAAGCUUCAACUCCUCCGUGGAUGGGGCACCACGGGGAGAACCUACAGACUCUGCCCUUGGUCAUUUCACUCAACAGCCCAGCCCAGCUCUGAAACUCAGGAACGUGAGAUCCAAGGGGGUCUCGGGAGGACCCCGCUUCCAGGGCCUGGGCCAUCACUGCCAAUCAGGGGCUAGGGCUGAGCCCCCCACCCCGCCCACUGUUCUCAAUGCUAUGGCCUCAUGUUUGCUAUGCCGACUGGGAGAACCCCCAGCUCACUCUCUUAACCUUGUUCUCCCUUCCAGGAACCCCUUUCCCUAACUCCCUUGUCUCACUGGAAAUGGACUGAUUUUACGGCCAUGAAGUGCCCUAACAUUGAGAAGACAAGGCUC